AUGACAACCGUCUACUCCACUCCCGCCACCGUAACGGAAGGCGCGAAAGUUGCCACUAGUAAGUGGAAUAAUAAUAAUAAUAAUAAUAAUAAAACAAAUGGAAACUUGCGUGUGGUGUGUAGAUACGGAGGUAGCAUAGUAUCUCAGCGCUACGUAGGCGGAGACACUCGCAUCGUCGCCCUUCCUCCCUCCGCGGAAACUAGCUUCGCUUCCCUUGUUAGCCACUUAGCGGUUAAGCUCGGAAUGUGUCACGGCAUAAAGGUGAAAUAUCAGCUCCCUGAUCAGGAGCUGGACUCUCUCAUCUCAGUUGAGACGGAUGAGGAUGUUCAUAUCAUGAUGGAGGAGCACGGAUAUCUCACGUGCGAUGCGUCUUCGGCUCCGAAAACGCGUGUCAGGUUGUUUCUUUUCCCCUCGAAGCCUGAGCUGAGAAAGCUUGAAGCGGAUAUUGAUUGGCUUGGAGUAGGAGGAGAGUCCAAGGUUGAAGUGGCUAAGCCUGUGCUUCAGCAUCCGAAGACUGAGACGUGGUUUGUUGACGCGUUAAAGGGGGCGAAGAUGAUGCAAGCGGGGAGGAAUAAUGGUGGAAGUGGAGAUGGUAAUGGUGGGAUUUGCGGACAGGACUCGAUGAUGAUCGAGACAAACUCGGCUUUUGGGUCUUCGUCGUCGUCUGUUUCUUCUGGUAAUUUACCUCCGGUGAAAAGUGCCGGCGAGGACAGUACAUUGACUUCGCAGGUCAAGUUUGUUCCAGUAGAAUCAGUGACAAGAGACAAUACUGCCGUCACACAAGUCUCUCCUCAUGAGCUACCAACACGUCCUCAUGUUCUGGAGGUAAACAAACCAGUUCCAGUCCCAGUGUAUCCACCGUUUCUAAACACAGCUCAACAACAGUAUACCCAUGUUGUUUACACUGGACAGCCUCCUCACAUCACUGGAACCUCACCUAUGACAUUGCCUCCAACAACAUACCACCACACAAACCACUCACAUUAUCAGCUCCCGCCACAGCCAUACCCAAUCUAUUACACUCCAGUUGAUCAGUACAACUCAAGGCACGUUCAUCAAGCCCCACCUUUGAAACACGUCAACGUUUUAAACACCCACCAAGUUGAUUCCCCAAUGGUCUCUCUAGCUCCACAGAUGUCCUCACAUGUCUACCCUCCACCCAAACCCGUUGAUUCAUCUGUACAAACAUCAAGUGAAGCUACCCUUAGAGAUGAUCUCAUCUAUAACAUUGACCUCGAUGACGAUGUAGCUUGUGCUCAGAUUUACAAAACUCAGCCACCCGCUCCAAUACUACCGCCUCAGCUACAAACCAUGAUGCUCACUGAAGCUCUCGGUAAGCUACGCAUCCACAAUGGUUGA